AGACCUAUGUUCUGUUUUUAUUCUAUUAUAUCAUGUAUCCAUUAUUUUGUAGGCAAAAGCAUUGGCGGAUCCUUUCGAAUAUGAAACUUAUAUUGAACAGCAGAAGCGAGAAAAAAUGGAAGCUGAACGGGCCUCACGAAUUACGAUCAAGAAAAGAUUACCCAAAGUUAACCGGACCCUUGCAGCUCGUCUCCUUGAAAAUGAAGAAGCUGAAAAUGAGAAGGGAGAUGCCGGUGAAGAUGGAAUUAAAAAGGCAUCUAAGAAAAAGAAAACGCUUAACAUUCAUGAUCUUGAAGAUGAGCGAUUUAAAUCUAUAUUUACAGACAAGGAGUUUGAGAUUAAGGAGACCUCCGAAGAAUAUCUGGCUUUACAUCCCAUGGGUUCUUCUAAAAAACAGACAUCUCUGUUGGAUGAACAUUUUGAACCUGUCAUGUCGGAUGAUGAUCAGAGUCUAAAUGACUCUGAUGCACCAGAAUCAUCUGAAGAUGAACCUGCAAAUACAAUGAAUGAAAAAACUCGGGUUCCAAGGAUGUAUGAAAUUAAGGAUGAGCAGCAUGCAGAGGCAUUCUGGAGCCAAAAAUCACUUGCAACAGAGGACUCUCUUCCUAUGGGAGAUAGAGUGGCUUCUCUCAAAGAUGGCCGACAUUCACGUGUUCCAGAUGGUGUUAAGCAGGGUCCAGGAGGAUCACGGCAAAUCACUUUCACCUCGAGAAGCUCAGCCAGGUAUAAGGAAGAUGAUGACGAUGAUGAAAUGCCAAACCGGAAAAGGAGGGGAGUGCAAUCCGUCGAGCCUAAGCCCCACAGAUCAAAUUUUAAUGGUAGAGGAAGAGGGAGAGGGGGGAGAGGAAGAGGGAGAGGGGGAGGAGGACGUGGGAGUGGCAGAAGAGGACGGCGAUGAUGACCUUAUAUACAAUGUUGAUGGCAUUUGAUUCUCAGAUCUUGGGCUGAAGGCACAAUGAACAUGGUUGUAGGGUCACGUGAUCAUAUAUCAGAUGUAGCAUAGCAUCUCAACUAUUUAAUUAUGUUUAGGGUUUUGAUUUACUUGCAUUUUAGUGUUUAGAGUUUGAGUUGCAGGUCACGUGUAGCCUAGCAUCAAAAUGGUUUACUUACUAUUUCGUUGUUUAGCCUCAUUUUUGGAUGCUCUCUAUGAAAGAUAAUUUUGUGUGUUAAACCUA